AUGGCGCGGGCGGCGCGGAUGCUGGCGCUGGCGCGGGCGGCGGAGGGAGCGGUGGGGCCGGGGCCGGGCCGUGCCCGCCUGGUGCUGUUGCCGUCCGGCGGCGGGGCCCGGCCCGACCCUCAGGGUGCUCGCAGGGAACCAGCGGAGGGGGGAUGCUGGGCCGGCAGGAGCGCCUCGGCCGAGCUGCGCUGCGCCGGAGCGGAGGGCGGCGGCCCCGGGCCGUGGCGGCAGGAGCCGGGGCACCCCGCUGAGGCCUGGUGUGGCGCAGGCUGGAGGGAGGCGGUGGCGGCCGCGGCCGGUGCCCUGCAGGCGGGCGGGCUGGUGGCGGUGCCCACGGACACGGUGUACGGCGUGGCUUGCCUGGCGCAGGACUCGGCCGCGGUGCGCAGCAUCUACAGCCUGAAGGGGCGGAACGGCGCCAAGCCGCUCGCCAUCUGCCUCGGGGACGUGGAGCGGCUCUACAGGUACUGCCACGUCAAUGUUCCCGACGAGCUGCUGCGGGAUUUGCUCCCGGGACCUGUGACCCUGGUCUUAAAGCGCUCAGAAGAACUAAAUAAAGACUUGAAUCCAUUCACAUCGCUGGUUGGUGUUCGCAUUCCAGACCACCCCUUCAUGAGAGACCUGGCACGAGCCUGCCCGGGGCCGCUGGCUUUGACAAGCGCCAACAUCAGCUCCCAGGGCAGCACCCUGACCGUGUUGGAAUUCCAGGACCUGUGGCCUCAGUUGUCCUUGGUCAUUGAUGGAGGCCCCAUAGGAGACACCCAGAGCCCAGAGUGUCGCUUGGGGUCAACUGUGGUUGAUUUAUCUGUGUCGGGGAAAUUCUCCAUCAUCCGGCCUGGCUGUGCACUGGCGCCCACGGUUGAAAUACUGAAGAAGAAGUAUGGCUUGGUACCAGAAUCUUCCUAACCCUUGGGACUGGGAGCUGCUGGAGCUGGGCACUGUGUGCCUGUGCACUCAGGAGUGGGUGAUCAUGGCCUUGUUUAAUAAGGUCGAUGGGUUAUGUCAAGGUAAAUUUUAAAGAAGAUUAAAAAAGAAAGAAAACCC